ACCUUUCUUGGCUUCGCAGCGAAGGCAAUCGCUCAAAUCUACAUCUACGGCAUCUACUAGGACGCACCUGAGAUCGCGUUUCGCACAACUGCGACCUGCGCGACUUGAUGCGGAUCCUCGAACAAAUCCUGGACAAUGUCAGAGACACUCAAACUGCGCAGGGUGACCAAGAGGACAAGGCUGCCAGAACAGGCCAUGCUCGCCUUCUUAGAAGACAUGAUGGAGAGAGCUGACGGUCCGAUGGCCGCCUGCCUCGCAGAGAUUACCAGCAUCCCGAGAAUCUUGACAGUUCGUCCCUUCUUGCCUGGCCACCGCAGAAAGGACAUUGAGAAGCACUUGGAGAACAUUGAGCGUUUGAAGACUCAAAUUGGGCUCGCAGUUCUGUCCCAAUCAGUUGUUGUUCUACUCGCCAUGGAGAAGAUCCUAGCUUGCAAUCCUCUUUGCUUGAGCAGUAUAUUGGGAAUAAGACUAAUCGAAGAGCCAUCGAGUGGCUUAAAGCGCCGUUAUCUGGAAGAGCCUGGGAGAUGCGGUGUCAAAACAGCACUUAGGAACCGGAGACUGGUUCAUCUCUUCCGACGCUUUUUAGACCUGGCUCUCAACUCCUCAAUUCCUCUGGCUGACGGGAAUCCCGGGCGCCGGGAAAACCAUACAAUGCUCGGCAAUCAUCACAAUCUCUGCUUCAUCGCGAAUAAGAUUCUCUAAAUGCCGUGUUUUCGACUUCCAAAGUGCGGCUCAACAGCAGUCCGACGCGCUCUUUAGGUCGAUUCUUAUUCAACUCGCUUUACGCAGCCCUGAAGCCUUCAAACAGCUGCGAAGA